CAUUCGCUCUCGCAAACCCACCACAUAUCAGAGAAUUCACUCACGCACGGCCCCUCAAAUUCCCCACCCAUUUCACCGCCCCCAACUCGAACCUUCAGAAGGACGCUCACCUUCUAUCUCCGAGGCCUGUUGUGAAACCAUCGAUUUGUGUCUUUGAAGAAGUCACCGGAGCAGCUUUCGUCGUCGCCUGCUUCAUUCUUGACGCAAUUGCCCUCACAUCCUUGUAUUGACAAACUCAUCCGCUAACAAUAAAGAAAAUGGCUGCUACCGCAGAGCCCAUCUCUCUAUUCUUCAUGGAAGAUGAGACUGAGGACGAGGAGGACGAAGAUCCCAGCGAAGCAGAGGACCCUGACUUGCUGUCACCGCAAGGUGGCUUACAGCGCAGAAUGGGCGGUAAUAUAGAUGGUCCUCGGACGAUCGUGGCGUCCCUGUUCUUGCCUUACACGGUCUCCAGUGUGCCGGUUCCACCGGCACCCGCAGCGCAACUGGAAAGGCGACGCAGUGUGGGCGCCGUAGAGUUCAAACGCCAAAGAAAAGCUUCGGAAUCCCGGGGGCUUCGUCCAGAUCCUACGUGGUGGCAUGUCGAGCCCUCUGGCCUUGGAAACAUCGGUCUGCAGAACGCGCUCAACUCGAUGAAGGGCAAGAUCAAUCCCAUCUGGGUCGGAUCACUGGGAGUAUCAACCGACGCUUGGUCUUCUGACACUCUAGCGCAUGUACGCGAUAAUAUGAAGAACGAAAAGCAUUGCGUUCCGGUUUACCUUACGGAUGAGGAAGUCGAGGGCCACUACAAUCAGUUUUGCAAACAGGUGCUUUGGAAACCAUUCCAUUACCAGCUGCCAGACUAUCCAAAGGGCCCCGCCUACGAGAAGAAAGCCUGGGAGUUGUAUGUGGCCGUAAAUGAGAAGUUCGCCCAAGCAAUCGUCGAGUCAUAUCGACCUGGAGACAUAGUAUGGAUCAACGACUACCAUCUUAUGCUCGUGCCUAGUAUUCUUCGGAAACAACUUCCCAAUGCCAUCAUCGCCUUCUUCCUCCACAUCCCUUUUCCGAGUUCCGAGAUCUUCCGAUGCUUUCACGUGCGAAAGCAGAUCCUCGAGGGAAUGCUGGGCGCAGAUAUGAUUGGUUUCCAGACCUAUCCGUUCAUGCGACACUUCCUGAUGACAUGCACACGUCUACUCCGCCUGGAAUCGACGCCAAGGGGCGUGCAGCUGGAUGAUCGAACAGUCUCCGUCAUGCCUAUUCCAAUUGGAAUUGAUCUGGCUGCACUGAACGAGAAGAGGCGAAAUCCCGAGGUGGCAGAGAUCAUCGCAUCGCUGAAGGAACGGUACGCAGGGAUGAAGGUACUCCUUGGACGCGAUAAGAACGACUACGUGAAGGGGGUCCGACAGAAGCUGCUAGCUUUCGAACGGUUCCUGCAAGACUAUCCUGAAUGGGUUGGGAAGGUUGUUCUGCUCCAAGUCGCCCUAUCAACAACGGAAGCAAAUGAGAACGAGUGUCGCGUAUCGGACGUUGUUGCGCGAGUCAACUCUCGCUACGGAAGCAUUGAGUAUCACCCUGUUGUGUACCUCCAGCAGGACAUCUCGUUCAGCCACUACCUGGCUCUUUGGACGAUAGCAGAUGCCUGUGUGAUCACUUCGUUACGGGAUGGGAUGAACCUUACAUCCCAUGAAUUUGUUGUGUGUCAGGAAGAGAAUCACGGCCCGCUAAUCAUCAGCGAAUUUGCGGGAACAUAUGGAAGUUUCGGCUCUGCAUUACGAGUCAACCCAUGGGAUAUCCGCGAAGUCGCUGAAGCCAUGCACGAUGCAUUGGUCAUGAGCGAGGAGGAAAAAGCAUGGCGGUGGAAGGAGCUAUAUACCCAUGUUGUCGGCAACACCGCCCAAACAUUUGUCGAAUCGUUCACAUCGGAGCUCAUCAAGGCACACGAGGAAGUGGCGCGGACCGUGUCGACCAGUAUACCGCCUCUCCCCGAGAACCUUGUGCUGACAGAGUAUGCACAUUCCCGCAAGCGCGUCUUCCUGUUGGACCAGGACGGAACCAUCAUGAACUUCAACAAACACUCAUCAUCAACGCUGCUGUCCAGCCGGAUACCCACCGAGCAUGUCACUGCGCUCGUCCAGAAGCUUGCGAGCGAUCGUCGGAACAUGGUGUACAUUAUGAGCGGGCGGUGCAAGUCGGAGAUGGAGGAUUUCAAUGGGAUUCCGAACGUGGGGCUAUGCGCCGAGAAUGGUUGUUUCUUGAAGUACGCAAAUCGGAACACGUGGGAAACGAUGCUGCCGGAUCAGGAUUUGAGCUGGCGGAAGCAGGUGCAGGAGAUUUUCGAAUACUACACUGACCGUACGCCAGGAUCGUACAUUGAGCAAAAAGAGAUUGGCAUGGUGUGGCAUUACGGACACGCCGACAUGAGUUUCGGCUCCUGGCAGGCCGCCGAGUGUCAAAAUCACCUAGAACAGGCGCUGACGAAGUCCUUUGCCAUCCACGUGCUCUCGAAGAAGAGGAGUCUGGAGGUGAUGCCCCGCAACGUGAAUAAAGGGACGGUCAUCCGCCGAGUCCUGGAACACCAUCAAGGGCGAGGGCCUCAAUCAAGACGGAUGAAGUCCGUCGGGUCGGUGACGGGGAGGGCGGCACGGGACCGGAACAUCUCGGGUGGGUCUACGACAAGCAACGGGCAAGGAGUCGAAAACACCGAAGAGUACAUCGCCGAGCUCGAGGCACUGGAAGCAGAGGAGCUCGCGAUGCUUCCAACGCGAGAACGCGUGGAUUUCAUCAUGUGCGUCGGCGACGACCGGGCCGACGAGUACAUGUUUGAGUACCUCCGCCGACUGGAGCUGCAUUCCAACAGCAAAGACCGGUGCCGCAGCGACCCCUCCACACCCUUCGAGGAGCUCCGCAGCAUGAUGUUCUCCCCUCCCACGACAUCGGCCAAUCCGACGGCCGUCAUUUCCCCUGGCUCCGUCACCGACGACCCGGCAACACCCCUCACCAGCCCUCCCGAGAUCCCACAAGACUCCCCGUCAUCCCCCGGCGCUAUCCCCAUGCGCGGGGACCACAACGCACAUUUCCCCGCGAGUCUCCCCGCCGACUUCAACCUGCACAUGCCCGCCACAGUCCCCGGCGCCACGGCCCAAUCCCAGCCCUCGUGUUCACAGCAGUUCAUCCCGUCCAACCCGGCCUCGACGCGCAGCAAGCGAUGUAUCGUCACCGCCACAGUCGGCAAGAAGGGCAGCGCGGCGAAAUGGUUUAUGCCGGGUCCGCAGGAGGUGUUGACGCUGUUGGAGAAGUUUAUUGCGCUCGAGAAGACUCAUAAGAGGGCCAGGAAUACUGUGCCGGAGCAUGGGAACCUGCACCAAGUGUGAUUAUGAGCUGGGGGGAUUUGCAUCCCGAGUUACUCUGGCUUUGUAAUCUUUGGCGUGGGCGUUGUCCCCCUCCGUUCAAUGCCCAUAUAGCAUUUAGGAGAGGCCAUCUUUUUGUUUUCCCUUGUGUUUACAUCUAUAU